GAGACUUUUAUUUUAUCCAAGUGAAAUGACGUCAUAAGACUGUGCCGCACUCCAGCAUCUGUUGUGACUCGGAUGAAGACAGGAAAGUGUGCAAAGACACAGAAAAACGUGUGAUGAAGCUGAGAUCUACGUGACAUACUAUUAUGAAGAUGGCAUUUAUUAAAGAGGAGAGUGAAGACAUGAAGAUUGAAGAAGCAUUUAGUGUGAAACAAGAGGAAACUGAGGAACAAACAGACCUGAUGGCACCGAAAGAAGAGAGGCAAGAACUGACAAAUAGAGGACAGAAAGAUCAAUAUGAGAGACAUGAUUUCAUGACUGUGGAAAAAUCCAUACAGACUGAAACAACUUCAUCACGAAUAAAAGUUCAGAAGACCGAACCUAACAUUUGCUUCACCUGCCAUCAGUGUGGAAAGAGUUUCAAUCAAAAGCACAACCUUAAAAACCACAUGAAAACUCACACUGGAGAGAAGCCUUUUACAUGCCAACAGUGUGGAAAGUGUUUCUCCCACACAGGAAACCUUAAUUCCCACAUAAAAAGUCACACUGGAGAAAAGCCUUUCACCUGCCAACAGUGCGGAAAGAGUUUUGCACAUAAAAAAACCCUUCAUUCCCACAUAAACGGUCACACUGGAGAGAAGCCAUUCACAUGUGAUCAGUGUGGGAAGAGUUUCAGACAUAAAGUAACCCUUAAUUCCCACACAAAGAGAGAACACUCAGGAGAAAAUGGUUUUGUAUGUCAGCAGUGUGGAGAUAGUUUCAGUUGUAAAGUAACCCUCAAAACACAUGAGAGACUUCACACUGCAGAGAAGCCUUUUACCUGCACACAGUGUGGAAAGAGCUUCACACAGAAAGCACACCUUGAUUACCACAUGAGAAUUCACACUGGAGAGAAGCCAUUUCCAUGUGAUCAGUGUGGGAAAAGUUUCAGACAUAAAGGACACCUUGAUUCCCACAUGAGAAUUCACACUGGAGAGAAACCUUUUACCUGCACACUGUGUGGGAACAGCUUCUCACACAAAGGAAGUCUUACGUCGCACAUGAGAAUUCACACUGGAGAGAAGCCGUUUCCAUGUGAUCAGUGUGGGAAAAGUUUCAGAUAUAAAGCAACCCUUGAUUCACAUAUGAAAAGUCACACUGGAGAGAGUGUUUAUACCUGCAAACAGUGUGGAAAUAGCUUCUCAUGUAAAGCAACCUUUAAUUCUCACAUGAGAAGUCACACAGGAGAGAAGCCCUUCACUUGCAAACUGUGUGAGAAGAGCUUCUCACUAAAAGGAAAUCUUACGGCUCACAUGAAAACUCACACAGGAGAGAAGCCGUUCAUGUGCGUUCAGUGUGGAAAAUGUUUUAGACGUGAAAUAACCCUUUCUAACCACAUGAAGCUUCACUCAAGAGAGAACUGUUGUCAUCAGUGUGGAAAGAGCUUCCCAGACAAGAGACGCCUUACCUGGCAUUUAAAAAGUCACGCCCGAGAGACGUCUUUCACAUGCCAUGACUGUGGAAAGAGUUUCAGAUUUAAAGGGAACCUCAAGACUCACAUGAGAAUUCACACUGGAGAGAAACCUUUCACCUGCGCUCACUGUGGAAAGAGUUUCAGUCAGAAUGUAACCCUUCAGAUUCACACGAGGCUUCACACUGGAGAGAAACCUUUCACGUGUCAUCAAUGUAAGAAGAGCUUCACAUACAAAAGAGACCUGAGACGUCAUUUCCAAACACAUUCUGAGAAGAAAUCGCAGUUCUCUGCGAGUGGAAAGAGACUUAGAAAAAGGAAAAUUUUGAAUAAUCCACAGCACAUUCGCUCUGGAGGAAAAUUUAUUUUGCCAUCACAUUUGAAGAUACACCUAAAAAGUCAAGCAGAUGUAAGACGUGUAAGAUGUUUUUUAUGUGGAAAGCUCUUCAGAUGGCUCAGCAGUUUAAAAUGGCACCAGAAAAUACGCAUCUGCCUGAAAUUAAAGCAACGUUCACACCGCAGCUAAAUGUGGAUCAAAUCUGACAGUCCACUUUCAUGACAAUUUGCUAUAGUUCAGUUUAUCUCUCAUUUUUGUUUUGUCCUCUAAAUAUGAAAUUCAUCGUUGAAACUGUAGAUUUUUGCAUUCACAAAUUAAAAUUACACGUUGUUAAAGUUUCAUUAUUAUUAUUAGUUCUAAGUAAAAGUUCAUUGUAACGUUCAUCAAUUAUGAAACUCAAUUUAGAAGGGAGAAAAUAGUGUCGUUGUCCAGUUCAAUUCAGUGUCAGUGUCAGUGUAGCCUAAUUGAUAAAUUCAGAAUAUUAUUUGUUUUUAAACCACAACUGAGCAGGCCGAAGGUGACAAUGGUAAGGAACACGAACUCGGGUGACAGUAGUGGAGAAAAAACCUUGAGAGAACCCAGGCUCAGUUGGGAGGACCAGUUCUCCUCUUGCCUAAAUGAACAAACACAGUUUAGCAUUCAAGGCUCCAUCUCAAGUCAGAUUUUGUUGACUGAUAUCUAAAAAUUAUCAUGACAGUUGGAGUUUUCCUUACUUAAUGGGGUCAUCGGAUGCAAAGUUAAAUUUUUCAUGUUGUUUGAACGUUAAUGUGUGUUGGCAGUGUAUGUACAAAUCUACCCUAUAAUGAUAAUAAUCCAGGCAGUGGUUUUUAAUUAAUCUGUAAAAACAAUAUGCCAUCCAUCUCAGAUGCCUGUCAGUGUGGCGUCACACUGACAGAGGCCACUCCCAUGAUAGUUGAUUGACAUGAGCGUCUUAUCUCAGACCAGCUGUCACAGUCCAGUAACCUCCAUUGUUUUGAUGCCGGAGCAGGGAUGUAAGUUAGAUUGAGCGAUUGAGGUGUUGUGUUGCUGGAUGUAAUAAUGAACACAGUGGUCGUCAUUUACUCCCGACAUCUGAGCCGCUGAAGAUGCAGUGGAUUACAUUUGUUUGUGAAGGGAAUGCGGCUCCCGAUCUACAUAUAUCUGUCUAUGUUAAUGCAAAAUUAUUCGUGAUCCAGCUUCACUUACAGCAGAAGUGAGUAUAAGGUUUUUUUUAUGAAUCUUUGCGAUCGCCUUUCCAUAUAACGUAGUAGUUAGGAAGUUUAGCGGCUAAAUGUGGCUAAAGUAAAGAGGCUCGUCACUCCACAGAGAGAAGAGAGGGGCGGGGCGAGCAGAACUUAUUUGCAUUUAAAGAAACAACCCCUUAGAAUGAGAUGAUUUUUGCAGAGCUCAUUUUGACAAGGUAAAAAUGGUGUUGUUUUACACUACCAUUGAGAAUUUUUAACAAAAGUAUAUUAUAGACUUUUCAUUAAGACCCUAAAGAAUCAUCAACUUGUGGAAAAUGGGCAUCCGAUGACCCCUUUAAAGUUUGUAUAACCAGGGGUUAAUUUAGGUUUGAGUCCAGCAGAGCUGAGCUCCUCUCUAAAUGUCCAAACAGGUAUAUCCUGAUGGUGCUCAGAUACUUGUUCUUCAGUAUCACAGUGUAGGUAGUGUUCCCCUUCCAUACUCAAACUGACCUAACAAAUACUAAAUAUAACUAAUUUAUUUUAUCUCAGUAAAAGCAGUGGCCACCAAACAGCAGCAGGGUCGAUGUGUGUCCAAAUAUAUAGGAAAGAACAUUUUGCUCAGCUUACCCAUAUACAAUAUAGCAAUACUUACUACCUUCUUCUGUGAUAUUACGAUCUUACAUAGCAAAAGAUAAGAUGAAUAAGGUGUUUUCUACAUUGAUUUCAGCACUAAAGUAAAACAAUGCUCUUGCAUCGCACAAGUUGAGUCCAUCUUUAUAACAUUGCACAUUUUUGGCGUAAUUGGUGUCAAAAUAGUUUGAUUUAAAAAGAUUAUAAUUAUAUUGGUUAGAUGUCAUUUUCAGAAUGUUCUCCGCAUAUUACAAGAGCUUGUCACCCAGCGAUAAACACACAUAAAGAUAGUGGGACUAUCUUACAGAUCCAAUAUAGGGAUGACAUUUUUGUGGGCGGUUCAAGUAGCAGUCUAUGGAGCCUUGGAAUAAAAAAAAUAUAAAAAAGGUUCGUUUGAUUUUAUAUUUUAAAAUUCUGACUUUAUACUCUCAAUUUCGAGUUUAUAUCCCACACUUCUGGCUUUUUUCCCACUCAGAAUUAACAAACUCACAAGUUUUGAGUUAAAUCGAGUUAUAAAUUCUGAAUUACAAUACUUAUAGAUAUAAACUUGCAUUUGCAAGAAAAAAGCCAGAAUUGUGAGGUUAAAUAAAUAAAUGUUGUGUAAAAUGUUAAUAGCAAUAAAUAAUAUUUCACGCUGUAACUGUAGGGCUAAUACAAUACGUAAUAAUUAUCUAGACCUAUUGUUUAAAUCAAAUUUAUACUUUAAAAGUAGAGUAAUCAUAGCAGUUUUCAUCCAUAGUAUGUUUAAACGUCUGCGUUUGGCUUCAAAUGGUGUCUUUGAUGACAGUAUUCUAUACAAAUUAUUUGCAUUCCGAUUUUGAUAUCAGAAGGCACAAAAAUAUUUUCCUCUUAUUCCAUGUAUUUUCCUGUUUACCUCCACUUGUUACCAGUGUUUUUCUGCAACUACUACACGCACACAGCUGCAAGUGAUGCAACUGUGACGUCUACUCCAAAUUUAGUCUUUAGGAUAUUAAAAUGUAAAAAGUAAACUAAUGUAAAAUCAACACAAAGAGACUAUAUGUAAUUCAAAUACAAAUGUUUAUUAGAAUUCUUUUCUUAAUUUGGAAAACAGUUCUCUCCAUUUAAGCAACAUAUUUCCUAUAAACCAUCAAGAUCCUCAAAGCUAAUUCUUGGCCUGAAAGGAAAGGCAUAUUUCUUACAGAAAUUAAACAAAACAAAACAAAAAAAAAAAAAAAAACACACAUGUCUAUAUGUUAAAGUGCCGUUUGAAUUUCAAAACUACCGAAGCCAAUAAAAAAAAACAAAUGUCUUCCAUGUUUAAGUGAAUUGCAGAAAGGUCCACAAUAUAGGCAUUGCAAAUACGGAAAAAGAAAUAAUAACAAUAACAAAUAAAUAACACAUCCAGUUGUACUUAAUAUAAAAUAAUAUUGCUGAGAGUUCAGAACAUUAGCUAGAAAAGUAGAAACAAUUCAGCUUAGUCCUCCCUCACAUUCUGCCAGCUGCUGAGAUAGACCUGUCUGUUGACAUUAUCAGGGGACAAUUUAGCUCUCUUCUUUUGAAUGAUGUGACCCGAGAGCGAGAACAACCUCUCACAAGGCACUGUGGUUGCAGGGGUUGACAAAUAGUUGAGUGCAAUGGGUGCCAGCCUGGCAUGUGUUGCUUCUCUUAUUGCCCACCACUGUAGCAGACACCCCUCCAUGUCCAUUUUGGGCUCUGCUUUGUAGUGGUUCAGACAUUGUUCUAUGGACUUUUCAUCUUCAUCUGUCUCUCAAUCAGAAGAAACCAGCAAGACAGACAUCCUUCUCUUCAUUGGUGGCUGUUGCUCUGGAGUCUCGUUAGACUGUUGUUUUCCAGGACUUGUUGUCAUUACCUGGUUGCUUACUCAAGUCCACACCUCAUUGCUUUCAUCUGUGGGAAGACACUUCAGGUCUUUAAACCUUGGGUCAAGAGCAGUAGUGAUCUUCAGGCAUGUGAGGUUGGUGCUGUCCUUCCUUUUAGCUAGGUCUGUGGUAAAAUUGUUUUGGAAUUUAACUACGUAGACUGGAUCAUUGUCUGUGCAUAAUUUUGUAAUUUUGAACAAGUGGCACAAGCCUGGCAACACCACUGAACAGGAAACAUACUGCUCUCCACCCAGCAGUUGCCAGUAAAUUGGUACUAAUUGCACAGAAACGCACUACCAUACAAACACACACACAUACCUACAGGGGGAGAGUGAUCUAGAACAAACACAGAAAACAAUUUUUUCUAUUAUAUAUAUAUAUGUAUGUAUUUCUUUAAGUCCUUAAAGUUGACAAAGAGAGUCCAAGCAAACAAACAAGACAAAAAUAUAGACUUUGUCAUUUACUUUUUGAAAAAAAAAAAUGAUCCAGUGUUAAAAGGUGCAAAAGUAUGUGAAUCUUUGCUUUCAGAAUCUGUUGUGACAGAUUACAACGACUUGUAAGAAUUUUAGCCCAUUCUUUAGUACUGAAACACUUGAACCCUGUGAUGUUGGUGGGUUUCCUCCUAAGAACUGCUUGCUUCAGGCCCUUCCACAACUUUUUAAAUGGAUUAAGGUCCGGACUUUGAAACGGCCGUUCCAGAACAUUACCUUUGUUCUUGUUUUACCAUUUUUUGCUAGAAUGACUUGUGAUUGGGGUCGUUGUCAUGACGCAUGACCCACUAUGUCUUUAGAUUUUAGUUCAUGGACAGAUGUCCUGACAUUUUCCUUUAACAUUUGCUGGUAUAAUUCAGAAUUUAUUGUUCCAUCAAUGAUGGCAAGUCGUCCUUGCCCAGAUGCAGCAAAACAGGCCCAAACCAUGAUACUACCACCACCAUGUUUUACAGAUGGGAUAAGGAUCUUCUUAUGCUGGAAUGCAUAACACUUUUUAUUUAAACCAAAAAUUAUAUUUUGAUCUCAUCUGUCCACAAAACAUUUCUCCAGUAGCCUUCUGAUUAGUCCACAUGAUCUUUAUUAAACUGCAGACAGGCAGCAGUGUUUUUUGAAGAGUUGUGGCUUUCUCCUUGCAACCCUACAAUGCACACCAUGGUUGUUCAUUGCUCUCCUGAUGAUGGACUCAUGAACUUCAACAUUAACCAAUGUGAGAAAGGCCUUUAGUUGCUUAGAAGUUAUCCUGAGGUUCUUUGCAACCUCGAAAACUAUUAUACAUCUUGCUUUGGAGUGAUCUUUGUUGGUCCACCACUUCUGGGAAGGGUAACUGUGGUCUAGAAUUUUACUCCAUUUGUACACAGUCUGUCUGACUGUGGAUUUGUGAAGUACAAAAUCUUUAGAGAUGGUUUUGUAACCUUUUCCAGCUUGAUGAGCAACAACAACAACUGUUUUUCUGAGGUCCUCUGAGAUCUCCUUUGUUUGUGCCACUAUUUACUUUCACAAACAUGAUCAGACUUUAAUAGAUCCCAGUUCUUUAAAUAAAACAGGGCAUAAACUGACACCUAAUUGUCAUCCUAUUGACUGAAAACACUUCUGAACAGAUAGACUCUAAUUUCAUCUUCAAAUUAACUGCUAAUCCUAGAGGUUCACAUACUUUUGCAUCUCACGAAUAUUUAACGCUGGAUAAUUUUUCAUAAUAAAUAAAUGACAAAGUAUAUAUUUUCAUCUCAUUUGUUUAACUGGGUUCUCUGGGUAAACUUUUUGGUCAUAUUUAUGCAGAAAUAUGGAAAAUUCUAAAGGGUUCACAAACUUUCAAGCAGCACUUUAUAUAUAUUAUAAUUUUUAAGUGUCAGUGGAGAUUCAACAUAUCUACUUUACCCUGAAUUUUGUAAAGCUUCUAUCUGGAAGAAGGUAUAUGGUCCCCAAAGUUUUUAAAACAUGUCUUGAUUUUGUAUGUGUGGAACUCCUGUGUUUUUUGAGAAGCCAUAGGAGAAUUUCCACACUGGAUAUUGAAGUUAGAAUAGAGUAUAGAGCGUCCAAAGCUAUUCUGUCAGGACCAAACCAAUAGAAGGUCAAUGUGACAGUUUUAAUGAAAGCAUUGUUUAGUGUAAAGAAGCAAUGUUCACAACACACACUGCAUGGCAUCCUGAUUCAUAUGGACCUGUGUAGUGGCAGACUGGUGCCCCUACAGUGGGUGCAUGUGCAAUGAAACUGGACCUCUGAGCAGUGGAAAAAGUUGUCUGGUCUGAAUAGUUGUGUUUUCUUUUACAUUAUCUUUAAUGGGGGAUGUACUGGCACCAGAAUUCACUGCUGGAAGAUGGCAAACCAGUGGAAGGAGUGUGAUGCUCUGGGCAAUGUUCUACUGGUAAACCAUGGCCUGGCCAUUUAUUUGAACAUAAAUUUGACAUGUGCAACUAACAAAGCAUUGCUACACACCAGGUACACCCCUUCAUGACAAUGAUGUUUUCUGGUGAAAGUCGACUCUCUCAGCAGAAUAAUGUACCCUGCCACAUUGCACAAAUUGUAUAGGAAUGGUUUGAAGAACAUGAGGAAGUGUUCAAGGUGUUGCCCUGGCCUCCAAAUUCCACAGACCUCAAUCCAGUUGAGCAUCUGUGAGAUAUUCUGGACCAACAAGUUUUGCACAUUAACAAGCGAGUCUGGGAAAUCUCUUUGAAGCCAAAUCUCUGUAUAAAUCAGAAGGCAUGACUCACAAUGUUCCUAUCGAUGACAGCGUUAGUCUCACAUAGCCAGACCUUCAGACUGACGGCAGACUGGGAGCCGCUUUGAAUGGCCAAGGCUUACUCAAGAGGCCAUAUGACCAGUGUUAAAUUUGUCAGCAAAUUUUAAUACAGUCUUAGUCAUAGUCUUUUGACUAAAAUGCCAUUUAGUUUUAGUCAUAUUUUAGUAAUUUGUUUUAGUUUUAGUCUAUUUUUAAGUCGACAAAAUCUACAGUAGAUGUAGUAGGCUAAAAUCUAAUUUCUAAAAUCUUGUUACAGUGUAAUGCAUUUAUUAAGCAUUUCUCUAAAAUUACCAAACGUAUAGAUUUGAUAUUAAGGUUUUAUCAUAACAGACAUAGAUUUAACUGCUGUGACCCGCAACAUGCCUAUAUAUAUAUUAAAAUAAAAUGUAACCACUUCUCAUAAAAAAAAAAAAAAACAAGAACAUGGUCUUCUUUUCAACAGCUUUACCACAUUCUUCAUUUUUUCCAGCAGACAUAUUAAUUUAUCUAAAUAAAUUAAGAUUAAUCUUUAUAAGGGCUACUAAAGUGAUUCAGUCAAGAGCAGUGAGUGAUUUUUCUGUCUUUAUUUUGUUGCUUAACAUCAAUGCCACAGACCAGAGCCGAUACUGACCUCCCUGGGGCACCUAAGCAAAAUUAUGCUAAGGGGCUCUCCUACCUCCUACCUUAACUUUGGCUCCCUCAACAGCCUGGGCAUUUUCAGCAUCAGCAUGGGCACUAGUCUGUUUAGGCUGCCUAGAAGAAACUGAGAAAGUAUGUCACAUAGUUAGUUUAGCAGUCAUUUACAAAAAUGCAAUCCUGCCAUAUAGUUGUACAUAUUACUAAAUAUGUAAACAUUUGAAUGUUUGAAUUAAAAUCUUGCCAUCAAAAUAUUACUUUUCUGCACUUUCUUGGUCAUUCAUUUGGACAUAAAUUGGAAUGGUGUUCCCUUGUGAAAAUCGACUCUCUCAGCAGAAUAAUGCACCCUUUCACAGUGUGCAAAUUGUAUAGGAGUGGUUUGAAGAACAUGAUAAAGGUGUUGCCCUGGCCUCCAAAUUCCCCAGUUGAGCACCUAUGAGAUACUGUAAGACAUUUCUUGAGGCAAAAUCAUCAAUGAUGUCAUCGUAGGACAGGUGUUUCCCUACGUCAUGAUUUAUACUCAUGCUGGCCAGUCCACUCAAACGACAUGGAAGUCCUCAGGUAGCUUUUGAUGAGCUUUAAUUUUGAAAAACUCCUCUUUAAGAUGCCACUGUUACUGGUAGUGUGGCUGCAAUUCUUAAGGCUAUCCAAAGAUUAGGAUAGAGCUCCUCCAGGUUUUUCUCACUGAGAAAAGCAAAGCAGCUCAAAGGCAGUCAUCUUAUCUGAUGGCAGAUCCGGUAUAUUCUGAAUCUCAAGUGCCAGAUCUAUUACACUGAUGUCACAGUCAUCUUUGAAGGUUAGAGUGUUUUGAACUUCCAUGCACUGAGUCUUUAAAGACUCACUGGACAUCUGAGAGGCAUUGCUGAGAUUCAAGAGCACUUCAUAUUUGGUUUUCACCUGUUUGAGUGUUUCAAAUCUCUCAUCCAUGGUUGUCAAAGCAGAGUCGACCACAAUGUUAAAGAAGUUAACUUCCAGGUUUUUCAGUGCAUUAGUUACUGGUUCAUCAGAGCUUAAAUGUCUCUUGCUGUUUCUCAGUGUCUUCUUUUUCAAAACGGCCUCUACAUUCAUGUCUUCACAUAUGCUUUUGACUGUUGUCUUGGCCUCAGAGAAUCCAGCUUCUCUGUAGGUAGUGAGGGAGGCCUUUGCUUUUUUAAAUUAAAUUCACUGCAAUAUCCAACUGUAUUGGGGAAAAUUGGAGGAGCUUGUUCACCUUGUUUGUAACUUUCUCUGCAAGUGCUUGUGGCUUUGGCUACUGGAUCGUUGAUUGUCUGUCUGAUUUCCAAUAAUGCUUCCCGAACCUCAGAAGCCUGAUACCUGAUUGCAUGAACACAUUAGUGCCUACUCUCCCAUCUUGUGUCACUCCAUUACUUCACAGUUACGUUUACGUGUUUCUUUAAAACACUCCAUCUUUGUGUGUCAGUGGAAAAGAAGCUGAACAGCUUUUGCACAUGCCCAAAAAACCCAGCUGCAUCUUUUGAAGAUUUGGCAGGUUUUUCUCUGGUACCAAUAUAUCCACAAGCCGAAGGUUGUUUAACUGUAUUCCUCUACCAUGUCUCCACGAUCUAGCCAAGACAAUUUGUGAUUUUGGCACAUGCGAAGCAGGGUUGACAUACUGCAGAUAGGAGUUCCUUAACUCUAGAAGGUUUUCUAGUGAAUAUUGCUGGUCACUGUCACCAAAAUGUAGACCAUUUCUCACUCUAACCUGUAGGCCGGCUUGUUCCCCAAGCUUUCUGCUGCUGUGACGUUUCUUUCUAUGAUGCCCUAACAAGCACCACAUAUCUGCCGUUGUAAAUGACAUGGGUUGUAGUUGUGGACUGGACUACCACUCGUCCUGUAUGCUUUGUUUCAUGAUCACUGUCCGCAAACUGAGUAAAGUAUACCGAUCGUAUACUAUGUGAGAACAGUCAAUAAAAUUAAUUAAAUAAACGCCUAGUAAUAAAAAAUAAAUAAGAGACACAACACGGGAGUGACAACAUGCCGACUGGUAACCAUGCACCUUCUUGCUUUCCUACAAUGAAAAUGGGCAAACAUGGCUCUGGGAAAUUAUUUUGAGCAUUCUGGCUUGUACUCCUUGGUGCUUGCCCUUCAUAUUUGCCCCAUUAUCAAAAGCGUGCCCUCUACAGUCUUCAAAUGGAACCUUCAGAUCGUUCAGCUUAUCUAAGAUGACUGUGGGCAGAUUCAAGCCUGUUGUAACCUCAACAUUUACAAAGCCAAGGAAGUGUUCCUUGAUUUCUGGCUUUCCCUUUAAAUCCACACUUCUCAGAAUAAUGGACAGUUGCUCCUGAUGACUAAUGUCAGGUGUACAGUCCAAGAUAAAAGAGAAGUACUUUGAGCCUCUUACUUGAGUCACUAUUGCUUCUACAGGUGUGGGUCUGAGCAAGCUAGUGCUUGCUGAAGCUGACUGUACUUCACCUGGAUCUGUACUAGCACUUGCUGAAGAUGGCUAGUGCUAGUACUGCCUGAAGCUUACUGUACUGGGUCUGUGCUAGUACUGGCUGAGGCUGGAUGUGGGUCAACUGAGUCUGUGCUGGUACUGGCUGAUGAUCCAGCAUCUCCUCUGCUGACAAACUUAAGCUGGCUUCCUCAGAUUACCUUCUAUAGAUUUUCAAAUAUAAAUACUAUUUAUACUACGGCGUGGAUAUUGCAAUAUUUAGCUAACGAAAAUGCAGUUGCUGAUAUCAAGAAUUUACAUAUUAAGAAAUUUAAUUUCUGAUAAUAUGACAUCAUUGUUGAUUAGUUGAUAUCAAGAAUUAAUGUUUGUACUAGUGAAAAUGUAAUUCCUGUUAUCAAGAAUAGACACUGCUACUAGUAAAACUUUCUUUUUAUUCUUAUUCACAUUUUAAAUAAAAUUAGAUAUUUAAAAUUUUAAAAUUAAAUUCUUAAUAGUCUAUCAAAAAUGCAUAUCCUGUGAAUGAAUAAAGGUCACUGAGUUUUAUAGUAUGCAUGUUACGUGUUACGUGUUACUUGAUGUUUAUUAUAUCCUGGGAUGUGCAUCCAUAUUGACCAGAAUGCCCAGCUAAUCAACAUUUUGAGUUUAACAUAUAAAUCAAUAGUCAAUCUCACAUAAGUGCAGAGUUGUAAUCUUGACUGAAAUACUUGCCUUGUCCAAAUACCCACACUUACGGUCUUGGCCACUUGAAAGCGUUUGCACACGACAGGAAGUAAGUGUGCAAGACUGUCCCAGGUCUUAAACCUGUGCAGUGCAAACUAAAUCCAAACUAUGUUGAAUACCGCUCAGGAGCAGUAUUCUAGGCUUAGUGUAUCCCAUCAUGUAUCAUGUUCUGGAAAUAAAUCGUGAGACUUUUUGCCAAGAUCUUGCGAAAGGUCACAGAAACCUUUCCAAUGUAAGUUAAAUAUUAAUAUAAUACUUAGAUAUUACAUCUAAUUUGGUAGAAACACAAAGCGUUGCACGUUUUAUUGGUGCAAAGAUGAGUAGUGGUGAUAUUUAUUUAGUACAACAUUUGCAACUGCUUUUUAUCACUUAAUUAGAAGCACCACAAAUUAAGUUGAGUCAUCUGUUAUAGGGACUACUGAACAGACACUUAGACGUUUAUUUUAAAAUA